AGAUAAAAGAGCUAAAAUAUGAAAAUAGUUUGCGCUGGUUUUUGGAAGACGGGAACAAAAAGCCUAGCAGAGGCAUUGACGAUACUUGGAUAUAAAGUCUAUGAUUAUGACCAACAAGUCGAGUUCCUGGACUUAUUUGAAAAAUUCUAUAAAGGUACAGUCACAGAUGAAGAUAUUCGAGAAACAUUGAAAGAUGUCGAUGUUGUGAUUGACGGCCAGGCUAUCGCACUCUGGGAACAUAUUUACAAAGCCAUACCAGGCACCAAGGUGAUACUGACAACCAGAGAUGACGAUUCUUGGUGGAAAAGCUUUAAAAGUCAAGGAGACAAAAUGCCAAUCUCAUGGAGAAUUGCUAUGUUUUUGUUGAUGUUUGUGCCAAGUGGCUGGAGAUUGAUGAAAUGCACUAUUGGGGGAUUGAAUCUGUGCGUACCAAUCGAGGGCCCAUAUGCGAUUCCUUUGAUGAAGAUGCCCAGCAAUGAGAGACUGUAUAAAAUGAAGUUUCGCCAGCACAACAGUUACGUACUGGAAACCGUUCCUGACAAAGACCUUCUAGUCUUCCCAGUUGGGGAAAAUAAAUGGGAACCUUUGUGUGAAUUUUUAGGGGUAGAUGUCCCUGAUGUACCCUACCCCCAUAAAAAUAAAGCUGCGGCUUUUAUGUCGACUGAAAAAAGGCCGCUCACACCACCUGUAAAACGAAUGUUUUAUGAAAUGCUGAUUAUGUUUUCUAUAUUCGUUGCUAUUUGUGCUUGUCUUAUUUACUACUUGGUCACAUAAUUUUCGUUUUAACUCUGCACAGGUGUCAAAACCUUGCUGAGGGCAUUAUUGACAAGGGCUUGCCUUCAUUUCAAUCGAGGUUUAAUAUAACUAGCGUAUACUGACAUUAUUACUGACACCACUAAAAAAGUGCAGCUUUAUUACUUUGAGGUAAUUUCUGGGGAACAAAAAAAUUUGUAAAAAUGAGUCAGUUUUAUUAGUUUUAUAUUAGUCAUUCAAUUUCGAAGCCCCAAAGUAGUACAUAUGUUUGAGCAUAUUAUACUUGGGUCACAAAAAUUCUAUUUUUUAGAAAAAUUUGGGUUUGAGUAAAAAUUGGGACCUAAAGCAAACUAUAUAGUCGCAGUGGGUUCCACACUUUUACAGGUCCUGCGCUUAUUCUAGGUGUUAUUAUUAAAUUUAACCAUUAUAACUUUUAACCAUAUAUGCGUCUUCGCUGUACAUGCGAAGAUUGAAAGUGAAGUUUCAUUGAUUCAGAUUUUGAACACCUUUAAAAGGAUAAAAUGUAAAUACGAAUUCAUUUCUUCUAGGUUUGUAAAUUUUCAGUUAUUAUCCUAGUCUCUUCCUGGGCUGGGCCCCACACAAUCUGUUCCGCAAGAGGUCCAGCAUCAGUUAAGGCUGGCCCUGUAUGUUUGCACUAAAUAAGGCUGAGAUACAGAUGGGGGUCGGAAGUCUGCAUACUGACCCACACAGCCCAAUAUUCAGCGGAACUUUUUCAAUGAGCAUCUAGAAAUCUUGCUUUCUAAACUUUGGCGAUUCAGUUUUCUGGUUACCUUGUAAGCUAUCUUGCAAUAUAUACAUACAGAGUGUCCAUAAAGUCGUUUUACAAUUUCAAUUUUGUUAUGAAGUCAAAGUACUUUUACUUCAUUUAAUACAUCUGAGGGCCAAAACAAUAUAUGGUAUCGAUAAAUUACUUGUGUAUUUUAAAAAAUAUUUAGAAUUUAUGGACACCCUUUAUCCAAAGAUGUGAGUUCAAUUUUUAGUAUUUACCUUUGUUCAAAAUGCAGUAAUGUCUAUACAGAAUUGAUUAUUUGCCAGAAUUGUCUAAUGAUAAUGUACGGUACUCCCGAAGUAUGUGAACCAAGAAGGCGGACACCGGAACGUAGUAUGUGUACCAGGUUAGGCAAUAAUUUCAGGUACAAAUACUAGGGGAGUCACUUGGCUAGCCACCGAACUUGUAA